AUGGCUGGCUCCGGUUCCCCUGCAGACUUACAAGCUCUGUUCGCGAGAAUAAAACCUCGCCCUUCCCCAGGCGGGCACCCAACUGAUAGCCAGCAGCAUCUUCAUCAGCAGCAGCAUCAGCGCAGUGGGGCUUCGCCUGGUGUCAUGUCGCCUACGCAGUUCAAUUAUGCCGCACCAUACGCUUCGUCACCACUCUUCAGCCCUCCACCUCCGCCCAACCCUCCUCACCAUGGUUCGGACGUGCUGAGCCCUAAUUACUCCGGUACUCUGAGCGACCAGAACCAGCCACCAAUGAGUUCUGAUCGCACGAACUUGCUGAACUUGCUUAAGUUUAGCCAGCCUUCAAAGGGCCCAAGCUCCAAUCCGCAAGCCGAGACGGGACUCCCAUCCGGCACCCCAGUGCGUGUUGAAGCGAACAGUAACGGUAACUCUAACGGCGGUGGUCAUCGCGGCGUUUCUGGCCAACGCAACAUAUCAGCCUCCGACAUUAUGGCGUCAUUUCUUGGACGGCCAGCAGCAGGUCCCUCUAUGGUCCCGGUGCCGUCGUCUACUGCUCCAGUUAGCCACAGCCCAGCCGAAAGGUCGGGCGCGUCACCUGCAGCCUCUGCAGACGCAACACAGGAAAUGUUGUUGAGACUAUUGAACCAGCCAACAGCUCAAAAGGCAAAGGGUGUUGACUUCGCUGUGCCUCCUCCACAGCCUGAAUUUCCGGCCACUCCUCUGAGUCAAAUGGACGGCAACGAGAGCCCAGCUCAGCUUUCCAAGUCAUCUUCGGAGGAACGUAAAAGCUCCCCGGUUCGAACUUUUGGCGCUGCUAAUUCAAGCGAGACUACUCAGUUUGAUCCGUUGCAGCCAAAGGCUCCAAUUAAGGGGACUAUUUUCAGCCAUGUCAACCCGUUCGAACAUCUUGCCGCGGCAUCCUCGAGAAAUCGAUCCCCGAAUAGUCAACCUCAUUCCGGCCGUGCCAGCCCGUCAGUUGGAGUUACCAAGGCCGCGAAAGAAAAUCAGAAGGGUAGGAGUACUCCCGAUGAUUUGAAGCGCCCUGCCUCUCAGAUUGCCUCUGAAGAAAACGGUGAGCAUGUUGCUCACGUACAGCAAGCCACAGCAACUGCGGUCAAAGAGUCCACCAGCCAACAGAGUGGAGGAGCAUCUCCUUCAGUGGGCCUCGAAGGUGCAGCAGUAGCUGACGCUGGGGCGAAGGCAGAGAAAUCUGCACAAGGGUCUGGGAAGAAAUUCAAAUCCGAACACCCUGAGCCAGAAGAUGAUAUUCCACAAGAAGUUUUAGAUAACAUCUCCAAGCAGAUGCACAACGCCAAAGAGGUACUUGAAGGAGAGGGAGCCAAGGAAUCUACCAAUAAGGCGGUAGCCACAAGCAGCGAUGAUGCCACUGAGCCUACCAAAGAAGAGAUUAAGAAUGAGAAUGUUGCAGAGAAUUGGGAGACCGAGGCGGAGACCGACCGCGUUGUCCCUGUCUACAACUUCCCAUUGAAGCCGUUCGUUUCGAUUACGUGGAAAGCAAAUUUGAAGCCAGUCGGCAUUCGUGAUGAUGGAGUGAUGGAUAUCGCUCGUCUGAAGAAAGGAUUCGACCAGCUUGAUCGUUCGCUCACCUCGGCAACGCCAGAGUACAUCGUGUAUGCUCUUGCUAAAAACGGCGGAGCACGUAUCAUUCGCCAGGACGAUGGCCAUGACAGACAAAUAUUCCGUUCAACCAAUGAUAGGAUAUUCAACGCAUCCGUUUCUCAAUCCCCACCCGGCUCCGCUAUCAAAGAACAAGCAUUCCUUGGUAUCGGUGUGAGUGGCUCAGUUUACUGGACUACCAUUUCCCGUGGCGAUGACGACUAUUUCGAAAAAGAUACUCUUGAGACGCAGAGCUUGGUUUUCCCUCCUUUCCCGGCAUCGGACGAGAAUGCUUCUGGCGGCCAGUUGAAAACGCGCGCCAAACAAAGCUCUCGCCAUCCUGAAUUCUUCGCCAUCGGACGUGGCAAGUCUAUCCACAUCGUUCGACCCCGCGUUGCUUUGGCUGAGUACGGUUUCACUUCACCGGGUAAGGUGGACACCGAGAAGUACUUUAAAGAGAAAUCUAUCAAGAUCGCUACCGGAAAGGCUGGAAAAGAUUUUGCUUUUAGUGGUGAUGACACUGUCAUUGCUUCACUUGACAAGACUGGCAGAUUGAGAUUCUGGGAUAUCCGCGACAUCGACGACAUGCUGGCUUCUAACAAAUGCGAUAUCCGCAUUCCGCUUCUGACUCUUGUUACUGGAUCUCCUAAUGAAAAGUGUUGGCCGACCUCUGUCGUUUUCAUUGACAAACAGAGACCAUACCUGAAAACCCAGGCUCUCAGAUAUAUUCUAGUAGGUUUGAAACAAAACCAUACUUUACAGCUCUGGGAUCUUGGCCUUGGAAAGGCAGUUCAAGAAUUGAACUUCCCUCAUAGCAAUGAGUCCGAUGCUAUCUGCAGUAUCGCUUACCAUGCAAGCUCCGGUAUCAUCGUCGUUGGCCACCCUACCAGGAACUCAAUCUACUUCAUUCAUUUGUCCGCCCCUAGAUAUGCCCUUCCCCCAAUGUCUCAGGGUGCAUUUAUUCAGGCCGUGACUAAUAAGGAUCCCGAUUUGCCCAAGCCAGAAUCCACUGCUUGCAUGAGCGGCAUUCGAGAACUUUCGUUCGGUUCACGCGGCCAAUUGAGAAGUCUAGAACUUCUUCCAUUGGCCAAAUCAUCGGGUCAGCGUGGAGCUGAGGAAGAUAGCGGCCUAUUUGAGUUAUAUGUCAUGCAUUCACGAGGAGUAACUUGUCUAAGCAUCAAGAAACUCGACUUGGGUUGGAAUAUCGAUAACAAGAUCAUUGAGUCUGUAGAUGCCCUGGAAAAAGGAUACAUUGAAAUCAAGGAUCUCCAGCCCUUGCAGUCGACAGAUGAGAGCAACCGAGGUGAGGAAGGAAGCGCCCCUUCCAAGAGCCCACGUCGUGAAGUGAAGGAAGUGAAGAAAGAAGCCGUGUCCGUUUCUACUGCGUCGGUGAUCGAGUCUCCAAAGAAGAAGGUGACGGCGGAACCAGUGUCCACCACUACCCAGGCUCAGCAAGAACAGCCCUCAAACGAAAAGGUUGACAAGAAGAAGAAGAAGAAAGAGGCAGCAGCGAAACCCAAAGAAGCUGUGAAAGCACCUGAGGAACCCUCAGAUGUUCCAGUCGCGUCGCCAGUCAAGCCCAUUAUUGUUCGGAAACAAACCCCAGCCGAAUCACCACGCCCUCGACAGGUGGAGGCUGAAACUACGACUGAGUCGAGCUUCUCUAUGGAUUCCUUGUCGAAGGAGGUUCAGAAGAUUGAGCAAAAUUUGACGUCGAUGUUCUCGACAUCUCUCAAUGGGGGACUAGAUACGGUAUAUCGUCGUUUUGAAGAUGACCGCCGUGCGCAGGAUAAACUUGCAACAAUCAGACAAGACGAAUUGCUACGUUUGGUGUCCAAGACAUUAUCAGAGAACGUUGAGAAGGUUCUAGCCCAUAUUGUCUCUGAAAAUGUCAAGCAAUCCGUUCUUCCAGCCAUUAAGGAGAGCACUGCAUCGGCUCUGGAUAAACACAUCAACAGCGCUGUCAAGGCUGCUUUACCUGAAGCAAUUUCUCAAACAAUGCAAGCCCCUGCCACUGUCCGCGCAAUGUCUGAGCUCAUGUUGCCAUCAAUUGUGGGACGUGUUGAGAAGGGGAUCUCAAAUGCUGUUAGCAAGACGAUAAUCCCAGCAUUCAAGGAAGAGCAAGCCCGUGCUGCUGAGAAGCUCACAAAGGAGGUUGAGCAGAAAUUCGCUGGAAAGAUGAAGCAGCUUGAAGACCAGCAAAUCAAGGACAGUGUUAAGAUUGAUGAACUGACAACCCUGGUCCGGACCAUGGCCGAGUCUGUUUCCACUAUUGCACAGGCUCAGAAUGGAUUUGGCAAUGAGAUUCUGAAACUUCAUCAUCAAUUAUCUGCCAAGGUUGAACCGGAGCCAUCGCGGGAACACAGCUUUUCUGAAUCGAACGAAGCCAACGAUACCCCAUUAUCUGUCGAAGACAUCGAGCUUGCUGAAAUCGCUCAGCUCAUGACAGAUGGAAAGUAUGAGGAAGCAUCCAUUAAGUGGCUUCAAUCAUCCCAGCAGGCUGAGCUCUUCACCAACCUGUUUGUUAACUUUAACCCUUCGUAUCUAGCCACUUUGUCGCCACUUGUUGCCCUGUCAGUCAGUGCCGCAGUGACAUCCUCUAUGGAAUCAAAUGUCAUGGAUCGCUUGAACUGGCUUCAGCAAGUUCUUCGUACUGUCAACGUCACAGAUCCUGCGAUAAGCGAAGUUGCACCCCGAAUUAUGGAUAUCCUUAUUCAGCGCCUCCAAGAAUUAUACAGGACUAUCGCUGAAAGGUCACCUAACGAUCCUCUUUUGCACCGAAUCCCACCAAUUACCCAAUGGGCGAUUGCUCUGAAAAGAACAUAG